GUUCCCUCCCGCCGUCGCCUCGGUUCUGGGGCCUGGUAGCCGAGGCCUCGAGGUCUGACGGCUUCCAGGGAGCAAGGACAGGGUCGGCCAGGGUGUCGCUCGGGGGUCGGGGAACAGUCGGGGACGGCCGAUGACUUUUCAAGUUUGGGGGUGGCGGAGGGAAGACGUGUCCCAGGUUUUGGCCUGGGUGCCCGACGCCGAGGGCGGAAGAGGGGCAGUGAUGACGCGCAAGACCUUGGCUACAAAAGACCCCACAGCUGUAGAGAGAGCAAACUUGUUAAACAUGGCUAAACUGAGUAUCAAAGGACUCAUUGAAUCUGCUCUAAGUUUUGGCCGCACUCUGGAUUCUGACUAUCCUCCCUUGCAGCAGUUCUUUGUUGUUAUGGAACAUUGUCUGAAACACGGUCUUAAAGUAAGAAAAUCAUUUUUGAGUUAUAACAAAACCAUCUGGGGCCCUUUGGAACUGGUGGAAAAAUUGUACCCAGAAGCAGAGGAAAUAGGAGCCAGUGUCCGGGAUUUACCUGGUCUUAAGACACCCCUGGGUCGAGCAAGAGCGUGGCUUCGAUUAGCCCUCAUGCAGAAAAAAAUGGCUGAUUACCUGCGUUGCUUAAUUAUUCAGAGGGAUCUCUUGAGUGAGUUCUAUGAGUAUCAUGCACUAAUGAUGGAAGAAGAAGGAGCAGUAAUUGUUGGGCUGCUGGUUGGCCUGAAUGUGAUAGAUGCUAAUCUGUGUGUGAAAGGAGAGGAUUUAGACUCACAAGUUGGAGUGAUUGAUUUUUCUAUGUAUUUAAAGAAUGAAGAAGAUAUUGGAAAUAAAGAAAGGAAUGUUCAAAUUGCUGCCAUAUUAGACCAAAAGAAUUAUGUUGAAGAAUUAAACAGACAACUGAACAGCACAGUCAGCAGCCUCCAUUCAAGAGUUGACUCAUUAGAAAAGUCAAAUACUAAGCUGAUUGAAGAGUUAGCAAUAGCAAAGAAUAAUAUCAUUAAACUCCAAGAAGAAAAUCAUCAAUUACGAAGUGAAAAUAAACUGAUUUUAAUGAAAACACAGCAACACCUAGAGGUUACCAAAGUAGAUGUGGAAACUGAGCUUCAAACAUAUAAACAUUCUCGGCAGGGGCUAGAUGAAAUGUAUAAUGAAGCCAGAAGGCAGCUUCGAGAUGAAUCUCAGUUACGACAGGAUGUGGAAAAUGAACUAGCAGUACAAGUGAGUAUGAAACAUGAGAUUGAACUUGCCAUGAAGUUGUUGGAGAAAGAUAUCCAUGAGAAACAAGAUACUCUGAUAGGCCUUCGACAGCAACUAGAGGAAGUUAAAGCAAUUAACAUAGAGAUGUAUCAAAAGUUGCAGGGUUCUGAAGAUGGCUUGAAAGAAAAAAAUGAAAUAAUUGCCCGACUAGAAGAAAAAACCAAUAAAAUUACUGCAGCCAUGAGGCAGCUGGAACAAAGAUUGCAGCAAACAGAGAAGGCGCAAAUGGAAGCUGAAGAUGAGGACGAGAAAUACCUACACGAAUGUCUGAGUAAAUCCGACAGUUUGCAGAAACAGAUUUCCCAGAAGGAGAAACAGCUGGUGCAACUGGAAACCGAUUUGAAGAUUGAGAAGGAAUGGAGGCAGACUUUGCAGGAAGAUCUUCAAAAGGAAAAAGAUGCCUUAUCUCAUCUUAGAAAUGAGACCCAACAAAUCGUUAGUCUUAAAAAAGAGUUCCUUAACCUCCAGGAUGAAAAUCAGCAGUUGAAAAAAAUAUAUCAUGAACAAGAGCAAGCUCUUCAAGAACUUGGCAACAAACUUAGCGAAUCGAAACUUAAAAUAGAGGAUAUAAAAGAAGCCAACAAAGCAUUACAGGGACUGGUUUGGCUAAAAGACAAAGAAGCAACACAUUGUAAACUUUGUGAAAAGGAAUUUUCACUCUCUAAGAGAAAGCACCAUUGUAGAAACUGCGGGGAAAUUUUCUGUAAUGCCUGCUCCGACAAUGAACUGCCUUUGCCUUCCUCACCAAAACCAGUACGAGUCUGUGAUUCCUGUCACGCGUUGCUCAUUCAGAGAUGCUCAUCUAACUUGCCAUAGGACUCCAGAACUAAAUCUUGAUGAUCCAAGUACCUACAAUGAAUGUUAUGUAUGAUCUGUAUGUAUACAAGACAGCCCUUCUUAAGCAGCUUUCAGUCAGUAUUGGUACCAGUUUAUUUUCCACAUACUCAACUCAUGGUAAUUAGUUGUGAUUUGAUAUUUCCUUCCUCAUUGUUAUUCAAAAAGAAUUUAGCAGAGCAUGCUUAAAAAUGUUAGCCUGAUUUUUAAUUGAUGUAAUAAUCAUGAACACUUAAUUUCAUUGAAAGGCCAGAUAGCAUAGCUAACACACAUUUGCCUUAUCUUGUAAAGGCCUUCUUAAAAAUAAGGCUUCAGAUUGUUUUAUUCUUCCAAAUUCUGUCAAGUUGAUAUUUGAUGGUGCCUGAAAUUCUUUUAAUGCACUUUAAAGCUUCACAGGUCUCAUGGAGACUGGAAAUGCAUAAAACUUUUUAGAAGUAUUAAUAUUCCAAUUGAAGAUUUUUCAUUAUCUUGGUAAGAUUUCAAUUUAACUCUAUUUAUUUGCCCCUUCUUCCCCUUUCCCUCUUUUGCAUUAGAAAGGACCAAUAUUUUGUCCUAAAAAAUUUCCUUAAGUGUUUUCAAAAUUAUUGUCAUGCUUACCUAUACCUUUCAGAUACAGUGGAUUUAAUUAAAGGGGCAUUAUUUGGCCUCAACAUUUUUUCUUCUAAUCUUGAAAGGAAGUUACAUGUAUAUAUCAUACUUUUACCUUAAGUUAGUUAUUUGCAGAUCUCAUGUGCUACCUGUCUCACUGAAUUGCUUAUUUAAGGUGGCUCAGACAGCCCUUCUUAAGCAGCUGUCUGCUUAAGACCCCCUCAAUUCAAAAAUGAAAACAAGAAUCUCUCCCCUGAAAAAAAAGUAUGUAUAAAAGCAGGGGAUUACAGGUUCCUUAUAAAGAUUCUCCUCUCUAAGCAUUACAAAUGAGGAAAAAAUUAAAACUUUGCCUUUUAUAUUACACAGAGGUUUGAAUAGUUCAAGAAAUUUUGUAUUAUAUUGCCACUGGAGUAACUUUUAGGAAGCAUUACAUUGCAGCAGUCUACCACUGCAUUAUAUGCCCACAGUAAAAUUACACCAAUAUACUGGUCACCUCUAUGCCAGGGUAUUGAGCAGAUGAAAAUACAGUCUCUGUCCCACUGUGAAAUAUAUAUUUGAACUAUUUGAAGCUGACUCAACGAACACUAAUCCAGUUAUACUGUUUAUAGCAUACUAAGAAUCUAAUCUGUAAAAAUUAAGUUACCUCUAUAUAAACAGCAUCACAGUAUCUUUUUAAUUUUUUAGCCAUGCACUUUAAGUUUGUGAGCCUAUCAAAAAUGUAUAGGAAUUUUACAUCACUUAGAAGCAUUACAUUUUGUGAUUUAUCAAAACACUUUCCUCUCCUCCCCCAAAAUAGUUACUCCACAGGAUCUUUCCUCAUGAGUAUAUACUGUCAUUCAGAUUUAAAAUUAUGAAAUUUUCUAAUUGCCAAAGCAUGAGACUAAUAUUUUACUUGAAGAUCUAUUAUCUCCAGAACCCAUAAAUUUUCAGCUUUUGAGGUCAACUUCAGUAUCUUGACAUAUUUUUAGAUGGUCUUUCUUUUGAAUGAUAGAAAUGUCCUCAAGAAGGAAUUAUAUUCUUGAAUGAACCAUUUUGUAUUGAUGGGAUAGAUUAACAUUUUUUAUGACUGUUGAAAAUGAGAAGCAUAAAUGAAAAAUUUCAAAUAGGUGUUUUUUAUUACUGUGCUUGAACAAAUUUUAAAGUAACUUAAAUUCCAAGAAUGAUUUCAUUGAACAAAUAAACCAUGACUUCUAGUCACCCUUCUAACUUCUCGCCAUUCAAAACAUGUCUCACCAUUCAUUUGGGCUUUUUCUUUUAAAGGCAGCUUUUAUGAAUGCAACUUGCUUCGUUUUUGACUCAAAAACCACUUAUAACUUUGAGUUUUUCCUUUUACAAAAUGUUCACAAUUUGUGAUUACGAACCUUUUCCUUUUCAAAAGAUUUCACAUACCAUUCCCUUACCUAGCAGUACUACUAUAAUAAUGCUAUCAUGGUGCCAAGGAAUUGCAAUUGUAAUUCUUCUAUUCUGUAAUGUUUUAAAAAUAAAAUGUGAAUUUUAUAAACCAAAUAAAGAUCUGAAAAACUA